CAAAUUUCUGUGCAUCCAUACUGCUUAGCUGCGAUCCUCACCGCACAGGCAGUCGCUCGGUUGCGCUUGCAGUAGUUGAAGUUAACGUUUAACCUAUCGUCCUUGAACCUCCGGACGAUAAUAAAGCGCAAUCAUUAUGAUGCUACAGAACCUGCCUAAGCAAACUGGGAGCUUAAGGCAGCGUUGCGCUGCUCCGCGGCGUGCAACUCGUGGACUUGGCAGCGCUCCCCUUGCCGCCCAGCAACAGCAGUCUGAGGCGCGAUUACAGGCGCCAGCACCUUUCCCCGUAAGCUACGACCAGGCGAUGCGGCAGUUGCUCCCGCGCUUUCCCGCCCCCCUCUUCCAGCAUUCGGCCCAGGAGGCGGUCAAAGCUGCCCUGGCGGAUGGUGCCCCCCUGGUGGAGGUGGAGUUCCCCUCGACAACCCUGUCCUCCGUGUCAGGUGAUGGUGAGGGGCAGAACGAGAUGAACGCGUCCAUGGGUUUCCUACGCCAAUUCCUGGGCGCGUUCAGGUCCCGAGCGGCAAGCACACGUGUGUUUUUCCCGGACAAUGUGGAGCUGGCUGUGGCGAGGAGCGGUCAGACGGAGGACCCGGCAGCUGGCCGCAAAUCUUUGGAUCCAAAAUUCGGAGAUGCCGUAUUCCAACUGGGUUACCUGACACAGCAGAACGCGGCCUGGGCGGUGUUUGGCUUUUACAAAUCUGGGUUUGACCCAGUCAAACUUGUCAAAGAUACGGAUGACAUGCUUGUGAUCGCUUACCCCUCCUUCAACCCCCGAGGCGAGCUGGACCGGGUUCGCGGCGGCUACUACCCGGCGCUGUUCUUCCCGGAAAUUGCAAAGCUGCUGUUGCGAAAUCCGUUGGACGAGAAUGACGUACGGGUGCUGUGGACGAGCGACAAGAUGCCGUCGCUGAAGGAGGUGGCGCUGGAGAUACUUCCGGCUGUGUGGAAAUAG